AUGAAUCACACGUGGAGGCUUUAUAAGAGCAAAGUCAUGAAGACGCUCGAUCCGGAGUACGUGGACGACUCGGCGGAUGAGGUGAGUGAAGUGGAAGAAGACAUGAUGAGUCCAGUCCAGCAAGACGAAAGCCAAAACGCUGUCUUCCAGCUGGCCCGAAAAAUGCAAGGAGCAGGAGCCAAGAGCUGGAACAGACUAUCAGCCCUCUUCAACAAAGAUGAUCAACACCAACUACUGCAAGAGCCAGAAAGUCCUCCAGUUGCAGACCAUCCCCUUGCAGUAAAGCCUGAGGUACCUCCCCGUCCCACCAAAGCCCGCAGUGGAUUCUGGGACAGCUUUGCCGCCAACUGGGCAGCCAAGAAGCAAGCGGAGGCUGACGCCGCCGCUCAAAAGGCGACAGAGGAAACGGAAGCGGGGACAGUGGUGACCAAAGAGGACGACGAGGAGAAGGCAUCUCCAGGGCCUUCCGAGGAAGCCGAAACAGACGGCAUGGAGGCGGCGGAGGAAGACGAGCGGCGGGAGAGCAGCAACGACGGCUUCUCUAAAUACGUCACGCUGGGCGGCCAGGACGCUUCCUUCAAGUGGAACUUUGUCACCAGCAAACUGGCCGAGUUGAGGAGAGCCAGCCCAGCCGACACCGACUAA